AAGAGGUCAGAGUUGAUCAGUGCCUGUCCAGGCCUUUCCGAGCCACUGACACACCAGCAGCACAAUGAUGAUGUCACUGACUCUACUGCUGACCAUCCUGGGGCUCCUGGUUCAGGGAUCUUCAGGACAAGUCACCAUAACUCAGACUCCUGGAUCUCAGUCUGUUGCUCCAGGACAGCCUGUCUCUAUUCAAUGUAAAGUCAGUAAAAGUGUAAAUCACUGUUUCAACUGGUACCUUCAGAAACCAGGAGAAGUUCCAAAACUCCUUAUUAAAUGCGCAAGCACCCGUCAUUCUGGAAUCCCUGAUCGUUUCAGUGGAUCAAACUCUGGGAAUACUGACCUCACUCUGACCAUCAGUGGAGUUCAGGCUGAAGAUGCUGGAGUUUAUUACUGUCAGAGUGCUCACUACAUCAACAGCAAGUGGAUGUUCACACAUUGCAUUUUUGCCAAAAAGCUUUCAUUUUUAAAUGUAAUCAAUUGGAUCCAAAUUCCCUCUCUGUCCUUCAUCACAACUGAAGACACAGAAAUCCUCUUCAUCACAAACAUGACUUUGAUCUGCGUCCUCAUCUGGACUCUCCUCUGCUGCUGCUUCACAGAGGUGAGAGGUCAGAUCACAGUAACUCAGCAGCCUGCAGCAGUGAGAGCUGAUCUGGGAGGAUCUGCCACCAUCAAUUGUAGAACCAGUCAGAAUGUUUAUGUUUACAACAGCAAUCACCGUUUUGGGUGGUAUCAACAGAAAGAUGGACAAACUCCUAAGCUCCUCAUUUAUGACGCCAGCACUCGGACAUCAGGGACUCCAAGUCGUUUUACAGGCAGUGGAUCAAACUCUGACUUCACUCUGACCAUCAGUGGAGUUCAGGCUGAAGAUGCUGCAGUUUAUUACUGUCAGAGUUUUCAUUACCCCAACAGCCAGCACGUGUUCACACAGUGAAAAACAGUCAUACAAAAACCUCCCUCAGUCAAACUGAACAGAAACUGAACUGCAGCUGCACAGAUUUGUCACUGACAUAUGUAAAUGUAUGUUACUGGAAAGAAAAGCAGUUGUAGAAAAUGUAAAUUGAUAUUGCAUUUUCUACAACAGAUAUUGUCAUUCCUCAUCCAUAUUCUAUGCUCAUUCUUCCAAUCAGUCACAUGUCAGCCUUUUUCCAAAGGUCCUAGGACAAGAGCUGGGGGUGGCCAGUAAGACUAUUGUCCAUAUUUCUUGUGAAUAAUGUGAAUAAGUCAAUCAUAAGAUUUCAGAAGCAUUUGUGAAACUUUUAUUGUUUAUAAAAUUGAAUCAGUCCACUUUAAAACAAUAUCAAGCACAUUCAGAAUGAAACAGAGAAGCUGGUAAUAAGAAAACAUGAAAGCAAAGGUAAAAUCAGCUACAGAUUCAAUUUAGAGACACUGGUCUCUCUUGAGGGUCUCGGUUACUGCACACUGGGAGCUGCAUGUUUUUGUCUGACGUCCCGUGACGUAAUUGUCCUUAUUUGGACUUGUGCGCUCUUGGGGGACAUGCAGGUGGUUUGGAUAACGUGGAUAACGUAAGGUAAUUAGCAUCUCACAGCACUUAAGAAAUCUAAUUACAUGAUGAGCUUAGCUCCAUGUCACUGUGUGUGUUUGAAUAUG